AUGUCUGAAUCCGAUAUACCAGAGGCAAUUCCCUCCUUUGGAGAGCGCCGGGGUCACCGUCUUGCUCCUUUACAAACCAACUUCAGCCGCCCGGCGCCGCCAGUGCCAUUCCGACGUCAACAGCCGGAGCCAGCGCCAGCGCCUGUACCCAAAUCGCAGGCUUCCAAAUUACAACGACCCCGACCCAACGAAUCUCCAAGCCUCAAUGGCGAGGAAGCCUCACCCUUGAACCCAGUCAAGCACCAAUCGUCGAAGGGCAGUUUAAGAAGCUUGUUCAGCCGCGAGAAACCCCCUCGGCCGACCCCUUCGUCGGAUGGCAAGUUGGCAGAGAUAGACGAGGGCCAACUGGCGCAGGGAGCUGAGCCCGGACCAGAUGAAACACCACUUUCUCCCUCGAUCGCCAGUCCCCGCACCGCACGCUCCACUCCUUCCCUCGCCUCGCCGACGACGCCCCGCCCCCGGACCACCCUGAAAACUGCUCGACCGAGACCGGCAAAUACAAAGCCUGCUCCUCCAUCUCAGUAUGGCUGGAAACCGCCUGCUCUGUUCCAGGCAUACCCGCAAUCGACCAAGUCAGAAUGUCUCCCCGCACCCUCGAUCUCGGCAGACUCGAUCCUGCGACUCCAUGCCGGAAAGAAUGGCAAUGACCCCCAUACUCAAUUGGGAGAGGAGGAUGCGAAGAAGAGAGAGCAAAGAGAGCAGGAGCACUUGCGAACUCUCUCGGAUACUAUCAACAAGGUUGAGUGGACCAAGAAGAUCUAUGUGCUUGCGACAGCGGGCUACAUCCUGCAGUAUGCAGGGGAUGGGAAGCACGAUCGGCACCCGGAAAAAAUGCUCCAAUUGGGUCCACAAUCAGUGGCAUUUGCUAGUGAUGCUAUUCCGGCCCCCAAAGUCUCGUUUGGGCGGCUUGGCUUCCACCGCCCGAACGCGCGCAGGCUGGCGGGCAACUUUCUUUUAGUCCUGGAAGACCCGGACUCGAUGAUCUCCUGGCUCACUGCGAUUCGGGCUGAGAUCGAAAUUCGAGGAGGACCCCAUGUUCCAACGGAGAAGUUCUUCGACGAUGGCCUCGGCACUUUCGGGCCCAAGCCAGGUGUUAGGCAGGUGGUGAAGAAGGACCCGCAUCGGAUCUCAAGCUUAUUUCUUCAGCCUCAGGCCCAGAAUCUUCGCAUCCCGGAUGAUGAAGAGGAUGGUCGUUCUGUGGGUGGUACGAGCAUGACAUGGCAGUCGCGGCGAAGCUCGUUCGUUUCGGAUAGUCAUCGCUCCGCGGUGGAAUCACGAGCAGACUCCGUCUCGACGGCUUGGGGGGAGUCCAGCGGUGUAGCCAGUGGAUCUGAAGCUCUAAAUUCAUCUUUCGCUUCCUCAAUGACUUCGCCGACCUCGCCUCCUAUCCCGAAUGGCACGUCCAGCAAUGGUAUGCCUAUUGUGACACCAAAGGCCGAUGCCUUCCCCUCCAAUAUUGAUGGGGAAUAUCCUCAAAUUACACCUGCCAAUAGCCCGCCUGUCGGUCGAGGGAAACGUCAAUCUUUGUACGAGGCUAGCCCUCCCCCGACUAUUCCUCUUCCAGCACGCCCAGACGGUACACAGGGUACCGUACCACAACCCAACAUACCAGAAGCCUUUUCCCGAAGUACUUCGCCUACGACAAACAACUAUAGCGUGCCAUCAUUCAGCAGAAAAUUUAUUCCGCGUCAGGGCCUUGUUCCUGUGUCUUAUCCUGCAACAUCUGGAGGCGAAAUUGACGGGUUCAGCUUCACUUCCCCCCCCUCAGUCUCCCACACCCAGCAUAGCACAACUCGCCGUGUCCUGCGACCAUCGAACUCCGAGGAUGUGCUGUCAAGAACCAUUCGCUCAACGCAGAACAUGCAGUAUGCCUCACGGACUCCGCGGGCAAAGAUCUCUCAUGAGGUCAGUCCUCCGCCAUCUCGUCCACUGAGUUUGGUGGGUCGAUCUGGCUUGGGUAUCCAGACAGGUAAUGGCAUGCCACCUCAGAGUCCUCCGUCGGAGGUAGUCCCAGUACCGGCUCCGGUCCCUCGUCCCCGAGUCUCGACAGCGCACGAUGUACAAAAGGUGAUGCACCGGAAGAGCAUGCCUGGUCUGAACUUGGGACCUCCGAUCGCACCGCCCCCUAAUAUCCCGCUACCCAAGAUCCCCAUGGCCUCCACCCCCUCCUCACCCGCCAAUACCCUGGCCCCGUCUCAGCCCAAGGGGCCUGCUAGUGGUGUAGACCGAUUCUACCAAUCUGCAAACAUCCGGGACCAUGUCAUUGAUCGCCGGAAAAGCGGCUCGCUGCCAAAAUCCAAAUGA